GGGAAAAGUGAGCGAGCGGCAACUGAACAUCUGCUUUCCGCAAAAUAAUAACAAAACUUUAAAAAAUCGUAAUUUUACCAUAAUUCAUUAAAUUAUUCGGUUACAAACACUUUGGCGAAGUCAGCGUAUAACUGAAGAUGGUAGCCUGCAAAGGGUGUGUCAUACCGGCUUGUACGAUACAGGACAGACUAAACACUCGAAAAAUAUCAUUCCAUAGAUUUCCCCCAAGCAACCAACGAGAAAUGCAAGAAAAAUGGAUCCAACUUGUCCGCAAGUUAAGACAAGAUGCUAGUUGGGAACCUCAUGAACAAGCUGUCGUCUGUUCUCGACAUUUUACCAGCACCCAAGUACAAAAGAUUGGAAAACGAGGAAAACUGUUGGGUUGGCAUGUGCCAUCCUUAUUCCUCCAAGAAUGUGACCAAGUGACAAAGGAGCUGGACGUGGACCAUGUUCAACCCACAGUCCAACCCCCGACCACACCGCAACUACCAGCAAACCAGAAUCAACCCAUCCGAUCAGAUACGAGGGGUUGUUUCCUCUGCUCAAUUUUGACCCUGUCCACCGGCCCCCACAGUGAUCACGUCAAGGAACAAAUCCGCCUUUUUAAGGAUCUCUUGAACCAGGCGGCCUUCAAUCAGGGUCUCACCGCCGAUGCGUCCUUUUCCCUUGUCUACCCGUCCGAGGGGGACGAAAAUUCCUGCCUCUCUUGUCUCACCACGGUCGCCGCGGUGUGGGCAUUAGACCGAGAAAUAAUUCUGUUGAAAGAACGAAUUAAAAAAAUGGUAGAAAAAAGUCUGAAUCAACACGCCGAAAAAUUUAUAAAUCGAGCGAAAGCAGAGAAUGACAAACUUCAAGCAAAAGAAUCAAAAGGAAGCUUUGAAAGCAAAAGGAAGAAGCAAAUUGAUGGAAACAUUUCACCAAAACGUGAAAAACUUGAGGUAUGUGACCAAGCCGUGUUCGACUGGAUGAUUGCGGCUUCCACUCCUCCCACUCAAAAUCUCUCGGCCGCAUCUUCUUCCUCGACAUCAGGUCCCAUCGAGCCAACCGAAGUAAACUGUGUCACAGAAUUUCACCCUCUCGAAUCGACAUCGCCUUUAAAUUCACCUAUGCAUAAACCAGUUGUGGACGAAGAGUCGCCCAUAAUAUCGACCCCGUCUCCAUAUUCUAAUGAGGAUAACAACGGUGUCGAGAAGGAAGCAGUAACCACAAACCUGGUCAAAAUCGAGACAGACAACGAAAAUUUCUUCGAAUUUGAGGAAGCCGAAGAAAUGCCGACCGGCGCGUCAACACCAAAUUUUACCCCUCGUGUUAUUACGUCUUCCAAUUCCGUUAGCCAAGAUCAAGAAGACUACGUACUGUAUGAAGGCGACCGACCGUAUGGAUGUUCUCGAUGUGUGUGCCGUUUCGUCAACAAAUCCUGGGUUGUUCGCCAUAUGAAUAAGUGUAAAGGAAUGAGAUCAAUACAGUAACAAUAAUAACAAUUUAAAAUGAAGAUAAUAAAUUUUUGAAACCAUUGGAA